AGGUGUAGAGAACACAGGACCUCGCCGGGUCCAAGUUCCUCCCGUGCUCUCACCGGCAGCCAUUGUCAUUGAAACCCCCUCACCGCUGCCUUGCCCACCCCAGUGCCAGCUGUGCCACCUCCACAACUCAAGCCUUAACACGGGAGCAGCACAACCAUUUCCUAGAGAUUGUAUCUAAUAUCCUCGUCCCCACCGGGAGUGUAUCUAACCGUGUGUAUCUAAACUAAAGCAGAAGACAUGGCCCGAGAGAAAGGCAAGGAGAACGAUGGCGGCUGGAAGAAAUUCCUCUGGAACCCCGAGAAGAAGGAGUUCAUUGGCAGAACAGGUGGCAGCUGGUUUAAAAUCCUUCUCUUCUAUCUGGUCUUCUACGGCUGUCUAGCUGGUAUCUUUAUUGGGACCAUACAAGUGCUUCUAUUAACCAUCAGUGAAUAUGAACCGACGUACCAGGACCGCGUGGCACCACCAGGACUGACCCAGCUACCAAAAGCUGUGAAAACAGAAAUAUCCUUUUCAGUUAAGGAUCCAGAAACAUAUAAAGACUAUGUGAAUGGAAUCACUAAGUUUUUAGAAAAGUACAAUGAUAGCAAGCAAGAAGACCAGAUGAUUUUUGAAGACUGCAAAGACAAACCUGGCGAUUACAUUGACCGUGGGCCAAUAAAUGGAGCAGAUGGCAAAAAGAGAUCCUGUAUUUUUAAGAGGGACUGGCUUGGAAGUUGCUCUGGUUUACAAGAUCCAACUUUUGGCUUUAAAGAUGGCAAGCCCUGUAUAAUUGUGAAGCUGAACAGAGUUCUGGGAUUUAAACCAAAGCCUCCACAAAAUGGAUCAUUUCCUGAUGCCAAUGCUGAAUACAACCCAAACAUCCUUCCUAUCUUCUGUGGAGGAAGGAGAGAGGAGGAUCAGACUCACAUUAAUUCGAUCCAGUACUUUGGUAUGGGCGGAUACGUAGGAUUCCCCUUGAACUACUAUCCAUACUACGGAAAGCUGCUACAACCAAACUAUCUACAACCCCUCAUUGCUUUGCAAUUGACAAACAUCACCAUGGACACAGAAGUUCGUAUCGAGUGCAAGGCGUAUGGCGAGAACAUACAUUAUAGCGAGAAAGACCGUUUUCAGGGACGCUUUGAUAUAAAGGUGGUGAUAAGGAGUAGCUGAUCGCGGGCGCCGCCUGUGUAAUACCAUAAUCUAAAAUUCAAAAGAAAAAAAACUUUUAGUCUUGAACAAACUGUCAUGUAUGGGACCUUCACUAAAUAUAUAUGCUUUACACUAGCUUUCUGCAUUUACUAGGGUUAGAAUGUAAAAUCAAGGUGUAGCAAUAGCAACAAGUAUUUAUUUUACUGUAAAUGAGAGAAACUAAUAAAUGACUUGAACCUUGGGAGAUGCCCGUCAUGCUGUAAAUUAUGAUUCCAGAAUCAAAAUGUAGUGAGCAAUGUUUUUGGCCCCAGAAUGUUGCUGCAUAGUGUAUUUUAUUUUUUUAGUGUAUUGUACAGUAGCAGAUGUGAAGAAUCUACACUUUCCGCCAAGCUAUGUGUGUUUCUUUUUUUUUUCCUUCAUUUUUUUGUGAGCAAGCUUUUAGUCCAAGGUGUAAAUACUCUCUAUCGGGAAUAAAACUGGCAUGGUAGUGAGACGGCCAACCAAUAAGAAUAUUUCAUAGCACUCCAUAAAGCCUUUUUUUUUUUUUUUACGUGGCAUUGAUUUUGUUUUAUUCGUAAAAAGGGGAACAGGGCUUUCUCCAUUUUUUUUUCCCUUUGUGUUUCUUUCGCUUCACUUUACGCAACAGGUGAUGGGUUGUGCUGUGCUUUGUAUUUAAUGCUUUUAUAUGAAGCCCUCCCCCUUAUUUCUUAUGUAUGUUAUGAAGGUGUGUUGAGGCCUGGGUCUGACUGUCACUUUUUGCCAGGAAUAGGGUUAAUUGUUUUGCGUUAUAUAUAUAUAUAUAUUAUUUUUUUUUUUUUCAGGAAGCAUCGCAGUUUGGUGCUGUGUCUUUACAAAUGUUUUAACCAUUUUCAUGGUGGAAGAAUUUUAUAUUUAUGCAGUUGUAAAAUUUUAUUUUUCUUCAAGAAAAAGUAAUGUAUGAAAUAAACCAAAGUCACGUGUUGAAAAAUAAAUCUUUAUUUUAAAACAAGUUUUAAAAACAUGCAAUGCAGUAUCCCAUAGGAUGUAUUAUUACAUGUCUACUGUGCGCACAUUGUUCAACCAUCUGUAAUAUUUGCAAGGAGUACAGUGCUCUUUCAGUCGAAACAUCAGACAAUAAAAUGAAUAAGCCAA